AUGAGUCUUUUGGCCUCUGUGCUUCCGGGAAAACCAUUCUCUCAGAAUGGAAACGCUGCCAAUGGCGGCCAAUCAGGUCCUGGCCAGGCAAACUCAAAGUACAUUACGCCUACCAUUAAGCCAGCUGACGAUUCUGUGGGCACGCUUCAGUUUCAGCAAAACCAAACGGGUUCCAAUGCUAACGGUGAUUCUCGUUCGGUCAUGUCCCAGAGAUUUUUGCUUCCUCAGGCUCUCGAGACUGCUGGUGAAGUGAGCUAUAAGAUCAGUGUACCUAACUUUGAAAACCUACCGCCUUUGAGACUCGGUUCCAAGUUUAUCACUGACUUGAUCAGAAUCGACUCAAUGACUCCUGGCGAUUUGUACGGAGAACCAUACUUGAAUAAGGGCAACAACAAUAACUUGGAUAACUACUUUUUCGAUAAAGAAAACGGCUUGGGCCAUUUCUCCCGUUUUGAAAAGGUCUCCCAACUAGACCUCCCUGAUAAAUUCUUUGAAGAGACCAACUUGACCGAGUGUCUGAUGAAUAUGGGCCUUAUGCCUGAAAUUAAUAGAUCCUGGAUCGCCGUGGACAACAAGUUGGUGUUCUGGAACUAUAAGUUGCCUCAAUCGUCAUUCAACAAGUCUUCCCAGUUUCUCACCAUAGACCAGAUUCGUCAUUCGAUUUUGACGGUUAAACUUGUUAAGCCUAAGCCUGGCGUGUUUGUGGCUGACGUUAACCACUUGCUUUUGAUAGCAACGACCAUGGACAUCCAUAUCUACGUGGUCAAGUACGACCAGCUGCUUAAUAACUUGGAAGUAUUUAAUCCUAACCUUUCAGUUAAUGUCCAGGGUCUCAUGAUUAACAAGUUUGCAUUCAAUGAACUCACGCACGAGGUCUACUUUUCUGGUGAGAGUGAUGGAGUUAAUGUGUGGAAGUUGGAAUACCAUUCGAACGCAUCUUUCAUCAAGAACAGAUGUGAUAAAGUCUGCCUCACCAAGAGCGGCUUAUCAUCUGUCCUCCCGAUUGGCAAAAUGAGAGGCUUCGACCUAUUUAAUUCUGAGCAUACCGACAUACAUCACAAGGCUGGUGCCCAGGACAAUAGCAAGGCCAACCAAAUCCCUGAAAGCAUCGUGGAAAUCUCCGUUGAUGGUGACAGAAAUGUAUUAUACACUCUUUCGAACAAAUCCAUUAUCAGGAUCUACAAGUUGGCUCCUAACCAGAAAGAGUUCUCCCAGCACAACCAGUUUACUCCAAACGAGUUCUUCAGAGCUGUUUCCACCAUGUACACUAAUCACGCAAACAUCAAGUCGUUCCUGAAGUUCAGAAUUGUCAGCAUACAACCCGUCUCGCCAAAAGAAUCCAAUAAUAUUUCUCUUAUUGCCACGACGAAUUUUGGUUUCAGAAUUCUUUUACGCCUUGGAUCUUUGGGUUCUUAUUCGUCAUUCAUGUCUAACGCAUCGAGGUUCGCUUCUUCCAUCAGAUUGAAUUUGGUCACAGUGAAGUUCCCACCAUCAGACGAGGUUACCAAAAUGAACCCUGAGCUAGACCAUAUCACCAGAAUUCAGCUGUAUGUUGCUACUAUGGUCAAAAAUCAACAAAACUCCGAGCUCUUAAAGAAUACAAAAUUCUCCAAAAUAAUAAGUCCAGGUGUCUUCUUGGCUGUUAAGAAAACUAAGGGCUCAGACAAGUUGUUCGUUAGUUCCACAAACUAUGGCUACCUCAAACGUAACAACAAACUUGUUGAAGAUGCCGAAUUCGUCAAGGUUGCUGCUCAAGUUGAGACUAAGGACGGCUCUCCAAUCUACAUCCAUGAUAUUGUUCAAUUGACACCAUCGAUGAAUGCGACCGAUACACCAAAUGGCUAUGCAAAUGUCCUUGCAUCGCAGUAUAGCAAGAAACCGCUCAAGUUCGCUGUAUUGACUAACUACGGUAUUCUUGUUUACCAGUUCAAGACAUCGGACCAAAUCAUAAGUUCAUUGAAGGACGAGGUACUCGAGAACUUUAUUGAGGAAAAUGGAUACGAGGAAACGUGCUCCACAUUGCUUUACUUGUCAUGUUCCCAGGGAUACUUUAGUGGAAAGGACUUGUUCCACAAGACAGCAUCCAUGUUGUUCUCGCACGCUGGUAACAAUGCUAGGCUUUCUGAAAAUGCAUCAACCGUUUCUUCUGGUCCAUCCCAUUUGCCACUUCAGCCAUCUGAUUCGAAGCGUAUGGUGGAACAAGUUGUGUUGAGUGAUCGCUUUUAUGGUACUUGUCUCUUGAUCUCUAGACUUUUCAGAGAUUUUUGGAACAAGAAGGUCUUCACGCCUCUUCCGCAUAUCAAGAUGCUUAAUGAUGGUUCGGUGGAAGUGCUGUCCUUGAAGGAGGGCAACCUUAUCGUGAAGGGUCUUUCUAUGACUAAGGACCAGGUGGAGUUCUUUAUUGGCUCAGUCUUCGUCUUGUUGGAGUUCUUCAAUGAUAAUCUGAAUGACAUUCCUGGUCUUAAUGCCCCAAGCUACAGCUCUGAUCCUACGAAGUUGGAAAACGAAGUUUGCAUGAGAGCAGAACAUAUUGCAUUUACGUCGAUUGUCAGAUGUUUGAACUCAAUGAAGGAGGCAUUAUCCUUCCUUAUGGUUCUCAUCGAGGAAACUCAGAGCGACCAGAAGAACUUCAACGACAUUUUCCAGUUCUUGUCUCUUACUAACCAGGUUAAUUUCUUGAGAUUGACUUUCAGGGACUUGUUGCUUCCAACUCAAGAGGUGAAGGGCCUUAUCAAGGAUCUUUUGUCAUCCAUCAUCAACAAGAACAUACUCAAGGGCGGCUCGAUUGAUUCGAUUGCUUCGUCUCUUCAGGGUAGAUGUGCUUCGUUCUGUUCAAGUGAUGAUGUCUACAUCUUUAAGGCUAUCGAAAACUUGACGAAAGCAAAGAACAUUGGAAACCGAGACAGUGAGUUGAAGGUGAAAUGUUUGAACAACGCUAUUAGCUUAUUUGAACAGGCUGUUGACUCUCUCACGUUGGAGAACAUCGAGAACGCACUUAACAUUAUGCUUACGUUGGAGUUCUACACUGGAGCUGUCCAGUUCGUAUUGAAGCUUGCAAAGAAAUGCUACACCGUUUCUAAUGCUCAAUCAUCUGCCUUGAUAACUAAUGGUGACAACAAGGUUGAUAGUUUCAAGAACCAGCUUGAAAUAAACAAUAAGAAACGGAUGCAGCUUUACGACCUCGUUUUCAAGAUCUUGACCCGCCUUGACGUCAAUGCUUUGAAGAUCGAGGAAUCCAAGAACCAGCUUAUGAUGAGAGAGUUCAUGGAUGUCAGAGACGCCACUUAUGAGACAUGUUUUGCAUCUACUGACCAAAAGUUCCACUACGAGUUCUACCAGUGGUUUAUCAACCAGGGCUACAAGCAGAGACUUUUGGAUGUGGAAACCCCAUACAUCUUGCCGUUCUUGGAAGAAGUUUCGCAAAAGGACCUUGAAUUGACACAGCUUCUCUGGCUCUACCAUGCUAGAAGAGAGAACUACUUUGCGGCUGCUAGAAUCUUAUACUCAUUGGCGAUCUCUGAUUUCUCCAUUCCACUUAACCAGAGAAUUGAGUUUCUUUCCAGAGCCAAUGGGUUCUGCAAUUGUACUUGCCCACCAAACUUGAGACAAGAGAUGAUCCAUCUUUCCAACUUGGUUCAUGAACUUUUUGACGUUGCAAACGUCCAACUCAACCUUUUGACUAUCAUCCAGAGUGACAAGAGAAUCAACGCAGAGAACAAGAAGCUUGCUUCGGAUGCUUUAAACAAUAAGAUUCAGAGUGCCAGUGAAUUGUUCAACGAAUACGCUGACCCAUUGGGAUACUACGAAAUUUGCUUUGCAAUCUUCAAGGUUUCUGACUACAAGAAUCCAGACGAAAUCUUUAAGAGAUGGGAAUUCUUUUUCGAGAAGAUCUUCCAUACUUUCAUGACUGAAAAGAGCAAUAACGUCCCACUCUACCAGAUGAUCAGCGAUAAGAUUGUGCCUGUUGGUUUGAGUUUGGCUCCUAACGACCUCGUUUUCCCCGUUGACCGGUUGAUCAAGAUGGUUUGCAAGUAUAUCCAAAACGCAAUCGAGGAAGAUGCUUCCACGCAAACGCCUCCUCGCGGUGCUGUGAUCGAGAUGUUCUUUAAAGCUCAGAUUCCUUAUGAAAAGUUGUACAUCUCGGUGAAGUCACUCAUUGAACACAACUCAUACGAAGUCUACAGCGGAUUCACGCAAUACCUCAAGACGUCUGAGAUGGUCUACUUGAUUCGCAAGUGGUACAACAACGACAAGAAGCUCAAGGACGCUGUUGACGGCGAGCAGAUUGCCAGCUUGACGGAGUAUCUGGUGGAGAAUGAUCCUAUUGACAAGUGGGUCAGGUUACACAAGACCUUCAUCUAG